AUGGGUGGAAUAUCAAAACCCUACUUCACAGAAGUAGAAAGUAGUAUUCUAUUCACAACACAAGUAGUUUUGUCAGGAAUUGCUGUGGUACUGAAUGUGCUCUUAUUGGUCGUCAUCAGAUCCAGCACCCAGCGUUAUAACGCAACAGAGGUCCUGCAAAUAUGUAAAACAUUUUUGGUUCUUCUCACUCUGCUUAUCUGUAUGCCACUUCAAAUAUUUACGAUCCAGGGACGAAAGCAAAACAAUAUCUCUAUCUGUCUCCUCAAUGACUUCACGGAAAAACUCCUGUUUGAUGCCUAUCCAUUUGUCAUCAUGGCGGUUGCAAUUACCCGGUUAAGAGUUAGCAUCUGUAAAGGAAAUUCCACCGUUCUAGUAACAACGACGUCAGCUCUGGUAACAUUUGCUCUUUGCCUCCUGCCUACAUUAAUAUCGGGCACAUUGGUGCUCGUUUUCCACUUCUACAAGGAAGGGUAUCAACACGAUGACGACAAUGAUGUUAAGAAAGGAUACAGUUUUCACGAGUGCAGCAAUAAUGCUAUGGCCAGAACCUACAGUGUGGUUUUAUCAAUAGCGUUAGGCAUUAUACCUGUUCUUGUCACCGUGUUUAUGUAUUAUAUGAUUUGUUAUAAAGUAUCAGCUAGGAGAUCAAAAAUCAGUUUUGUCUCCACAAAACGCAGUCGCUGCAAAAGUGUUUUCAAUGACGUUUACGACGCCAACAUCAAAACUACAAUGUUUUUACUAGUAAUUUUGUUAACAACGUUCUGGUUUUCAUACAUUAUUCUUGUCGUUUUCAACGUCUACAGUCCAAACAAGUUUAGUUUAUUCUGUCUGAUAUUGUGGAAGCCAAUAAUACUUGCCAUUCAUCCACUUUCAGAAGGACUGUUCCUUGAAAACAAACGGCACAGAAUCGUCAGGUUUUUUGCUGAUAUUACAGUCUGUAAACAGAACAAAAACAAGAAGGCGACGCCUGAAGUUGAAAUUCAAACGAAAUCUACAUAUAUACGACAUACAUCUGUUAAACCUUUCUUUAAUUCAGUCGAGUUGAAAAGCAUUGAAUCAACAGAAAAUUCAUCACACUAUCAGAAAAGAUACAGUACACAAUCAAUGGAACCACAUGUCGACCUAAAUGGUGAAUUAUUUGAGGAAAAUAUCACUCUAUCGCCAUAUUUACAUACUAGACGCACGGGCCAACCAAGGCCCCCAAUGAUCAGUAUCAUGCACCGCACAUCUAGUCAUAAAUCUCCAAUGUUUAGUGACCAAAUCGAACUAUCAGGACAGACAUCCAAAAAGUCGAAGUCUUGCCUAAAGAAAUCAACAUCAAAUUUUUCAUUAAAGCGUUCUUCCUGCAACUCUUGUUAUAACGGUAAAAUGAUUCAGGAAUCUGUAUCAGCAAAAGUGGUACAGUCUCCCUACGUACAUUCUGUCAAAUUUAAGUUUUAA